AUGGCGGCAGCCAAUAUUUUAUGCCAACCCACCAAGCCAAUGCAGCUGACAUCAUCUUCCUCCUCAGCAUUCCACAGCAAGAUAAGCUCCAAUUCCAUUUUUAAACAUCUUAAUCCCAAAUGGGCUUCUACUUCUACUACUCUUUCAAGAACAGAACUUGGCGAAAUCAGAGCAAAUCUGUUUCACUUUGCUUCCCAGAGGCUGCCCAAAUCUUCAAAUUCAUCAGGUGUUCAAAGUUCCUGGAUGCAAGACAACUCUACCUACAGUGCCAAUGUUUUUCACAGUGGCAAUGGACAAGUCCCAUUACGUUCGAUGCCUCAUUCAACACCUGCCGAAGUUUCUUCUGUGCAGGAUCUCUUUGAUUUCAUAUGUUCUGGACCACUUUUAGAGAAAGUGGGUUUAACUACUGAAAAGGUGUCAGAAAGCAUUGACAAGUGGCUGCUGUACGGUUCAAAAUUGUGUAGAUUGUUUCAACUGGAUGAGUUGUUUCUCACAGAACCUCAAAAAGUUCGAAUAUACCAUUACUAUGUUCCGGUCUUUUUGUGGUGUGAAGGGGAAAUUUCACAACAUAUGUCAAGAUAUAAGGAAGGAGAAGAUGUCCCUCCUUUGGUGAUAGGUUUUAGUGCACCACAAGGUUGUGGGAAAACAACACUUGUCUUUGCGCUGGAUUAUCUUUUCAAAAUCACUGGGAGGAAGACUGCAACAAUAUCCAUCGAUGACUUUUAUUUAACAGCAGAGGAUCAGGCCAAACUUCGUGAGAGCAAUCCAGGCAAUGCACUUUUAGAGUUUCGUGGAAAUGCUGGAAGUCACGAUCUUUCAUUGUCCGUUGAGACACUGACAGCCCUUAGCAAUUUGACUAAAGAAGGUAUUAAAAUGAAGCUUCCUCGAUACGAUAAAUCUGCAUAUAAUGGCAGAGGUGAUAGAGCUGAUCCUUCUACAUGGCCAGAAGUUGAGGGCCCCUUAACGGCGAUCUUGUUUGAGGGAUGGAUGCUUGGUUUUAAACCUGUUCCACCUGAGACCGUCAAAGCAGUUGAUCCUCAGCUGGAGAUAGUGAACAAGAAUUUAGAAGCAUAUUAUGAUGUUUGGGACAAGUUUGUAAAGUCAUGGAUCAUCAUCAAGAUUAAAGACCCAAGUCAUGUCUAUUCAUGGCGAUUACAGGCUGAAAUUGCUAUGAGAGCCGACGGAUUACCUGGAAUGUCCGAUGAAGAGGUCAUGGAUUUUGUGUCCAGAUAUAUGCCGGCAUACAAGGCUUACCUACCGACACUUUACUCUGAAGGACCAAAGGGUUCUGAUCCAAACCAUGUCCUAGUUGUUGAGAUUGAUGAAGGAAGGAAUCCCAUCCUUGCUUGCUAG